GUGAUCCUACGACCCUAAGGGCAGAUGCAGAAAGACAACUCCGUCGACAUGAAGAGAGCCUCCGGCCAUAAAUCUCAGAGCCUGUGGGCGAAGGUGGUGAUGCGCAAGUGGUUGAACAUGAACACCAGAGAUUCCGACUACUACAGUGCGGACACCGAAGACGAAGACGACAACGGAGGAGACGACAGCGACUCCUGCUCCGAAGAAGAAUUCAGCUCAUCCAGGGUUGGAUCGAACGCACAGGAUGCUGCUGCUGAGAUGGCUAGUAAUGAUGGUUUUCCAAGGCGGAGGCGAAGAAACUCCGAGACAUUUAGAGCACAGUAUAUUAACACAAAAGAAAUCAGAGUGUGUGUGGGAACAUGGAAUGUCGGAGGAGUUUCACCACAACCGGACAUUGACAUAGACGACUGGAUUCAGAUCAACGACCCUGCUGACAUCUACGUCCUCGGGCUUCAGGAGAUAGUGCCGUUAAACGCGGGGAAUGUGUUGGGAGCUGAAGACAGAAGACCAGUUUCCAAAUGGGAGAACAUCAUCCGCGAUGCUCUUAACAGAGUCCGCCCUAAGGCCUCGAGGGUCAAAAGCUACAGUGACCCCCCUUCCCCUCGUAAGUUCAUACCCUCCGAGGAUGUCUCCUUUGACAGCGACAGCGAAACUGGCGCUGAGAUACAUCCCAUCGACGAAGAAGAUGAAGAUGAAGAUGAAGAACCCACCAACUGCCUGAAGCAUGAUGGUGCUGUCAUCGGCGAGGUUACCACCCUCGUUUCUGAAACUUGUGCUGCUUCUCCCGUGGUGGAUGUUCAGAGGCAGUUCUCUUCCCCUAAGAAGCUAGGCAGGCAAAGUUGUCUGCAUCUUGAAAACCAUGAGGAAAAUGUGGAUGUUCCAACUCUUACCCGGAUACUCAGCGGCACUGAACGGAUCGGUCUGAGCUGGCCUGAACCACCGCUGAAUAUGCUGGGAAGAUGCGUUCUUGAUAAACCACCCUCCUUCAAAUCAGCGAAGUCAUUCAGAGCAACCAAGUCUUUCAAGACCUACGGCUCAUUCAAAUCGAUAGCCGGAAACGAGAUAUCUCCUGAUGUGUUGGCUCUUGCGGAGAUGGACCUCGAGACUCUCAUGAAGAGGAAACGAAGGCCAGCUUAUGUUAGACUUGUUAGUAAACAGAUGGUCGGGCUUUUCUUGACCAUAUGGGUUAAGAGGAGCCUGCGGAAGCAUAUUCAGAAUGUACGUGUCUCUACCGUUGGUGUUGGCGUGAUGGGCUAUAUCGGUAACAAGGGUGCGGUGUCUAUGAGCAUGUCCAUCUAUCAGACGUUCUUCUGUUUCAUAUGCACGCAUCUGACAGCGGGCGAAAGAGAUGUGGAUCAGCUCAAGAGGAAUGCCGAUGUUCAUGAGAUUCACAAGAGAACCAUCUUCCACUCGGUCUCUGCUCUUGGGCUCCCAAAGCUUAUCUAUGAUCAUGAGAGAAUAAUUUGGUUGGGCGAUUUGAACUAUCGGAUUAGCAUGUCCUAUGAUAAAACCAGGGAGCUCAUCUCAAAGAAAGAGUGGUCUGUGUUACUGGAGAAAGACCAGCUGGUAAGAGAGUACAAGAAAGGCAGGGCAUUUGAAGGAUGGUCGGAAGGAAGCAUUGAUUUUGCACCAACGUACAAGUACCAAGUGAACUCCGAUAGGUACAGCGGGGAGGAUGCAAGGGCUGGAAGGCGAACACCAGCAUGGUGCGACAGAGUUCUCUCUUAUGGCAAAGGAAUGAGGUUGGUUCGUUACCAGCGCAGCGAACAGUCGCUUUCUGAUCACCGUCCUGUCACUGCCACCUACUUGGCUGAGGUUGAAGUCUUCUCUGCUCGUAAACUGCAGCGAGCGCUCACCUUCACCGACGCUGAGAUCGAGGAGGAGGAACUCCUGGCCGUUGUUUGAGGGAAGUUUCAGAUGCUAUCUUUCACAGUUAGUAACUCUAUAUGAAGUACGGACUACUAAGAGAGAGAGAUAUCUUGUACGGAUAGAAUUACAGAAGCAGUGAAGGAUAAAAUAGUUGGCGAGUGAGCGCUCUUCAUUUCGUCAUCAAGACGUUUCAGAUUUAAAUAUAGUUGUUGUGGUCUAUGACUAUGUUAAUGCACCUACUUGUAUU